AUGUUCAAUUAUAACUUCGAAAGAGCCACCUGGGCAGACAAAAAGAGAAGUAUUCUGCAGGCACUGGAAUAUCACGAUGACAGUCGAGGAAUAAGAAAGUUCUCGUUGGUGAUUGACUUGAAGGAGGUGCGCAACUUGAGCAACGCUCAGCAAACUGUAUACAUCCGCUACUCUCUCCCAAAUGUUGGCUUCAAGCCUCCGAUUCUUACCAAUCCUCCCAUCGAUAUUGUGAGACAUUCGAAAGCGGUGCUUAAAAAUGGAUUCUCCAAAUUCGAUUUCGAACUUGACAUCGAAGGAGUUGCUGAAUCGCUUUCAGAUUCCGUGAAGAUUGAAUUGUGGAGUAGAAACUCUUUCGCGAAUGACAAACUACUGGCGUUGGGGGACCUGAACCUAUGGUUUUUGUUUAGACCAGACGAUGUCAGCCAAUGGCACGGAAGGUCUGAAUGGAUCGGAGAAGUCCGAUUGCUUCAAGUGAAUGAACAAAGUGCAAAGGAGGUUUUGAGCAAAGGAAUAGGAGCGGUGCAAGUAAAGUGUUCAGGCACAGUAGCGUUUGUGGUUACCGUCAAGCUUGAAUUCUUCGACUUGGGCCCCCUUGAGCACACCAGCGGCUUUGAGCCGUCGGAUGCUCCUCUUGCAUUACCUCAUGAUACGUUCUUGCACGCUGACACCGGAGAGCGUGCGGAGUUUGCACAAGGACAUAUCAGUACAAGCGAGACGGUUGACACACAAACCGCACUGGAAGACAAAUCCAGAAAACCUUGGUCUAGGCAAGGAGAAGAAGCAAGGGAAGAAUUGAUGGAACAUCACUCAGUAAGUUUGGAAGCACAAGCAUCGGCCACGAGACAUGAAAAUGGAAGAGCUGAUGCAGAGAACAAUGACUCCAAGCGCUCCCGAUCGACUGAAACAAACACUCGUGUUUGUAUUGUUGACGAGGCGAAGGAGAGACUUAUCAAUCCAUUGGAAUUGGAAGCGUUCAAGAGAGAAAAGAUUGCAAUCCUUGAAUCCGAGUUUCGCAAACAUGAAAGUCUCAGGCAAAAUGCAAUUAAAAAGAAGCUCGAAGAGUUAGCAGGGCUUGAGAGAACGCUCAAGAAAGGCUUGAUAGAGCUUGAGGCAAGAGAGCGACGUCUAGCCCUUGCUGAGGAAGAGGCAGAGAUGCGACAACGGAGUGCUAACAGUUUGCUGGAGCAACGCAGGACUGAACUCCAGGAGGCCAGACGGAGGAUGCGUGAAGAAGUGGCUCAUGACAUGAACAUGGCUGAGGCUAAGCGGAAGGAUCUGUCUGAACAGCUUCAGUCGUUGCAAGUGCGACUCAAGGAGUCUGAAGACCGGAACACUCGUUUAGACGUAGAGCUGCAGAAGCUGAAGAAUGCUCAACGAAACACCUCCGAAGCACAAUUAAUGAUUGAAGUCGCUUCCCUCAAAGCCAAGAAUGAGGAAUUGUCCGACAAGUUGAUUCAAGCAGAACAACGACAUGUUGCAUGCAAAGAGCAGUUGGCGAAGUCAUUGAAGGUUUUGAGUCGAAAACGAGACGAAGAACACGAGAAAGAGCUUGAAAGCAUGAAACUUCUCCUUCAUGCUCGCGAGGAGUCUCAAGAAAUCCGAGCAGAGAGACAAACGCUGGAUGAUCUUAGACGGCAGAUCGAGGCACUCAAGUCAGACUCUGACGCCUUUCCUGUUGGCUCAUGGAAGCCUCGCGAGCUUUCUUCGACAUGUCAUGCUCCAAUCAGCGACGGCUCUGCGUUGGACUUUCGUUCCAAGCCCAUCGCAAUUGGAUCAAUCCCGGAGGAGGAGGAGGAAUCUGCGCUCGAUGCUGGGGCUGCUGCUCAACGCGAUGAUUUCAGAGACGCUACAAGAGGGGAUAAGGGCCAUGAACUGUCGCCGCGAGGGCAAGGGAACGACCAGACUGCGAGGGCGACUGCGUUGAGUGAGGAUCUUAGCCGGCUUAUGGAUGAACGGGAUGCUCUCCUGAGAACAGGAAUGUACACAGACGAAGACGAGGUGAUUCAAGAGAUCGGGAGGCAUAUCCAACAAAUCCAGGAGGAGUUGGAGGAUCUCUGA